UAGAUAACAUAUCUGUCAUCUGGCUCUUUUAGAUAAUGAGCUUUUAUAAUAAGAUUUUAAUUCUGGUGUCAUUUGGGUUAAUAGCCAAUUAAAAUAUGAAUUGUGAUGAAUUUUCACAAGAAGUGGAAUCAAACAAUCAUAUUGAAGAAGAGCAAGAUAUUGAAAAAGAAAAUGAUGUUGUUAAAGCUGAAAAUGAGAAAGACACUAAACUGUUUUGCAUAUGUCGAAGUUCAGACAUAGACAGGUUUAUGAUUGCAUGUGAUAAAUGUAUGGAAUGGUUUCACGGAGAUUGUGUAAAUAUUGAAAACAAAAGAGCUGCAAGAAAGAUUGAAGAGUGGUACUGUCAACAGUGUCUCGAUAGUUAUGAAGGUUUGCAAAUCGUUUUUAAAGAUAAACGAAUAGAAGAAAGAAAAGAAAGUCAAAAGAAAAAGAAAAUAGAAAAUUAUGAUGAGAAAUUUGAUGAUAUUAGUAAGUUAGAGGAUAAAGAUUUUAAACGAAAAAGAAAGAAUAGUGAUACUUUACGGCGAAAGAACCGAACAUGUGGAGUAUGUGCAUCAUGCACAAACGAAAUGGAUUGUGGGCAAUGUGAUUUUUGUGCGGAUAUGAAAAAAUUUGGUGGACCUGGUAAACUGAGGCAGAAAUGUAGAGCAAAACAAUGUUUGUUUCUUUCCAGAGUGAGGAAAAAAAAUGACCAAGUUCAUCGAGAGAAAAAAAGAAGAUUUAAAGAGUUAUCAGACAGCUCAGAUUCUGUUAAUACAUCACUCACUACGUCUACUGGAAAAUUAUUAACAAACUAUCUCACGUUGUCACCUGUAUUGGAGCAAGAGCCAAAUGAGCAAGAAACAGAUGAUUUGCUGAUACCUCAGAAAGAUCAUUGUUAUUCAGCUCCCUGUCAAAACAAUACUGAACAAAUGCCCAAUGAUAAAAUUCCAGAUGAUAAGAUACCUAUUGAUAAAAUACCUCUUGAAGAACAUGUUAAAAAAAAGAGUCUCAAAGUUAAACGAGCUACUGCAAAAAAAAUGAGUUAUAGUGAGCGCUACUCAGAACCUGUUAAAUAUGAAAAUGAAACUAAUUCUAAAAGGGAAACUAUACCUUACCAUGACAAGCUUGCAACAAAUAGAACAACUCGGUCAUCUAGGAAAGAACGAGAAGUUAUAACUGCUCAACAAUGCUUGGGUCCAGGCUGUGUGAACUCAGCUCGUAAUAGUUCAAAGUAUUGCAGCAGUGAGUGUGGUAUUCAGCUGCAAAUACGUCGACUUCAAGUUAUUUUACCUACCAGAAUGAAAAGUCUACAAAAAGGAUACCACUCAACACAACUUGCAAAUGAGGAAAUUAAAAAGCUUCGAUUAAUUCAAAAAAAAUGCCAAGAUGAACUUGUUGAACUAGACAAACUGUGUCAUGAUUUGGAAAAUUUACAGGAGAAAUCCAAAGGUUUGAGUAUACAGGAGGAGGAGGAAAAUGACGAAGAGCGUGAUACCGAUCUUGAUCUCACUAUGUACUGUGUUACAUGUGGAGUAGCAUUGGCACCAAGGAUAGCUUUUAAACAUAUGGAAAAAUGUUGGGCCAAAGUAGAAUGUUUAAUGUCAUUUGGGGCUGUUAUGCGAAGUGCUGGAAAUUUAUUUUGUGACAGUUAUAUAAAUGCACAAGGUACAUACUGCAAACGACUCAAAGUUAUGUGUCCUGAGCACUUCAAAGAAACAAAAAUUGAUUCUGAUAUGGUUUGUGGAUGUCCACUUGUUGACAGUGAGUUUCAUGAAACAGGAAAGUUUUGCAGAAUAUCUAAGCGUAAAUGUACACGCCAUGUAUCUUGGUAUAGACUUAGGCGAGGAGAAAUUGAUCUUAGAAGAGUUCAUCAGUGGUGGAAACUUGAAGAUGCUUUGGAGCAAGAACGUCAGCUUCGAUUUGAAAUUUCAAAUAGAAAUGACGUUGUCGGAAUUUUGCUACACGAUACAAUAGACCACUCCGAAGUAUUAGAGAGUAAUUUAACAAAUGAUACGUCGUUGAAUUCGAUUGAGACUGAAGAAUCCUUACAAAGCGCGUUUUAUGAAGUUGACAGAUAACAUUUUCUUGUGUCGGAAAACGUUUCUAAAGCAGAAGAAAUUUUUAAAAUUAA